UAUGUUCGUCAAUAUACCUUAAGAAGGUCUUUCGUAAAUCUUGUUUUAAUGAAUAGAAAUACAGCGCUCUUGUUUAAUGUAGUUACGUAUCAUUUUUAUAUACAUACAUCGCUAGUUGAAUGAGGGCGCGACCGGUAUUUUCCAGUAGUACAAAUCCAAAAUGUCAGACAUCGAUAAAUGGAUAGAUAUCGCAAAAGAAUGCAAAUAUCUUCCGGAAAAUGAUCUUAAGAAACUCUGUGACAUGGUAUGUGAUUUGUUAUUGGAAGAGUCCAAUAUUCAACCUGUUUCUACCCCGGUAACGGUUUGUGGCGAUAUCCAUGGACAGUUUUAUGAUCUGGAGGAAUUAUUCCGUAAUGGAGGACCUGUGCCUGAUACAAAUUAUAUAUUCAUGGGUGAUUUUGUGGAUAGGGGCUAUUAUAGUUUAGAAACAUUUACACGCCUACUCACGCUUAAAGCAAAAUGGUCUGAUAGAAUAACAUUACUCAGAGGGAAUCAUGAAUCCAGACAAAUCACACAUGUAUACGGAUUUUAUGAUGAGUGUCAGAACAAAUAUGGCAAUGCGAAUGCAUGGAAGUAUUGCUGCAGAGUUUUUGAUUUGCUCACAGUUGCUGCCUUAAUCGACGAACAAGUACUUUGCGUACAUGGUGGAUUAUCUCCAGCUAUUUCAACAUUAGAUCAAAUUAGGACGAUUGAAAGAAAUCAAGAAAUACCACAUAAAGGUGCUUUCUGUGAUUUGGUAUGGUCCGAUCCAGAAGAUGUAGAUGGAUGGACGGUUAGCCCACGAGGAGCUGGUUGGCUGUUUGGAAGCAGAGUUACUUAUAAAUUUAUGGAAAUAAAUGACCUUAAGCUUAUUUGCAGAGCUCAUCAACUGGUACAUGAAGGCUAUAGAUACAUGUUUAAUGACAAAUUAGUGACAGUCUGGUCAGCUCCAAACUACUGUUACAGAUGUGGCAACAUAGCUAGUAUUUUACAGUUUACAACAGUAGAUCAUAGAUGUCCAGUGCUGUUCCAGGCAGUACCUGAUUCAGAAAGAGUGAUUCCACCCUUAACCACAACUCCAUACUUCUUGUGAUUUAACUUAGUAAUUCAUUUGUUUGGAUGCAGAGGAGAGAUAUCUGUGUCUAGACUCAAUGGAAUUACAUGAUUUUUGGAUAAUGAAUCCAGGCUGGUACUAUGACGGAGCAUAAAAUUCCCUAAAAUAUAUUACAGAAUAUUACAUUGCUUAGAAUUUUGAUCUCCUUUUGUUUUUUUUCUUAUUAUUUUUAUUUUUAUUUUUUUAGUUUUUUUUUUUUAAGUUUUUAAUGCUUUUCUAAUCGAACUGUAUAACCUGGCACAGGCAAUUUACAAUGUAAUUAUUAUGAAAAGGAUUUAAAGAUUUUUAAAGGAUUUUAUCAACUUUUGUAUAUUAAAAUGCCAAUUUUUAUACGUAGCAUCUGCCAUUGCAUCAGCCUGAUUUCUCUAAUUUAAAAAUAUUUUCCAUUGGAAUAAAUGUGAACACUCUAUGGUCUAGACGCUUCGCUGUCUACUGUGUACAUUCUAUAGAGCAUUCGUAUCUCAGAGCAAUGUUGUGGACGUAUUGUCACAAAGGCUGAGGCUUUUUAAAUAAUUUAUGAACAUAAUUAAGUAAUGGUCCAACUAUGUGUGGAUGGAUAAAUAAAAGAUGUCAUUUAAACAUUCCGGCAUAUAAGACAGGCGCUCUGAGUACAAUCAAUGCUUCAUUGAUAUUAUGAUCGUUGUGCGUAGAAUUCAGGUUUAUUCAAGCGUAAGCGUAUAUACUAUCGUUAAGGUCUUCCUGAGUAAAUGAUACAUUUCUGAUUUAGUAAAUAUACUGGUAUGCUGCG